AUGUCCAAAGGCUUGUCAACGACACUUCCCGUACGAAUGCACGCUCAGGAUGAAGCCUCGCACUCCGGCGGGAAGCAUUCUCAUCCCAGGCAACCGACUGAACCUACGCACCCGAUGCACCCGCGGGUCCGCUGGCAGGGCCACCCCUGCCAGGGGAUGCAAACCUUCUUGGACUCAAGGCUUCGGGCUGAGCUGCGGCAACUGGAGCUCACGCGCCCCCACCUCUUCACCGUGCACGAUCCCACGUCGAGUGCGGAGUUCCCUGGGAAGUGCUCCUAA